AUGCCAAAAAAUGACAACAGGACCAGCAUUAUUGCUGCCUAUUUCAUCAUUGUUGGGUUUGAAACCCUGCGAGAGGUGGAACUGUUUCUCUUCUCCCUCUUCUCCACCAUGUAUGUCUUCACAAUCUCAUCUCAUUUCAUGAUUGUCACACUAGUCUCAGUGGAUCAUCAUCUCCACAAACCAAUGUACAUACUUCUUGCCAACUUCUCCAUGCUGGAGGUCUUGUAUACCACAGUAACUGUUCCUAAAAUGCUCAAUGCAUUGUUGACCCAUCACAAAGAGAUCUCUUCAUCAUCAUGCUUGGCCCAGUUUUAUUUUCUGUUUGGCUUUGGGGGUGCAGAAAACUGUCUUCUUGCUGUAAUGGCUUAUGACCGCUAUGUGGCUAUCUGCAGACCAUUGCAUUAUCCAAAUCUGAUGUCUGGUAAGACCAUCUUAAAACUGGCUCUUGGUGCUUGGGUAGGUGGUCUUCUAGCUGCCUUCCCACCUACUGUCUGGAUCUCUACCUUGAGGUUUUGCUUUCCCAAUUUUAUAGAUCACUUCUUUUGUGAUUAUGCCCCUCUGCUGAAGCUCUCCUGUGAGGACACUUCAAAAGUUCUCAUUUUCACAGAAGGCUCUCUGGUGGCUUUGGUUCCAUCACUUCUUACUAUACUGUCUUAUAUCCGUAUAACCAUCUCCAUUCUCCGCAUACACUCUUCUUCAGGUAGACAAAAGGCUUUCUCCACCUGUGGCUCCCAUCUUGCGGUUUUCUUUCUCUUUUCUGCUUCAGCGGUCUCCAUGUAUUUCAAACCUUCUUCUGCCUCCUCACCACAGAAGGGAAAAUUUGUCACCCUCAUGUAUACAGCACUAACGCCAAUGUUUAACCCAUACAUUUAUUGCCUGAGGAACAGUGAUGUGAAGACGGCUGUGGGAAAUUGUUGUACUAUAAGGACAAAAGUUGGGAGAACUCCAAAUAACAUGUUUGUUGAGAAAUAUUUUGUAUUUGUAAACAGCAAAAUUUCAAGACUGUUUAAUAGAAUUUAUACCAUUUAA